AGAGCGCCGCUGGCCCGGCGGGCGCACCGCGGCGGAGGCGCAAGCAUCCCGCGGCACAGACGGUCCGGCGCGCUGAGCAUGGCGCCGAGGUGGCGGUGGCUGCGGCCGCGGCGGCGGCGCCUCCUGGACUCGCUCGCCUCCCUGGUCCUGCUGCUCGGGGUCAGCGCGGCGUCCGCGGAGCCAGAGAGCCAGGUCGCGGAGGUGGGUCUGCAGCAGCUGCUUGGGGAGCCCCUGCCGCGGCACGUGGCCCUGGUGCACGACCCCGCCGUGGGGCCCGCCUACGAGUUCGGCGCAGACGGCGGCGGCGGCGGCGGCGGCCAGGCGGCCCGCAGCCUGGUGCCCGGCGCGUCCUUGCGCGCCUUCUCCCUGCUGGCGCGCGUGCGGCCGGCCUCGGCGCGCGCGGGCGUGCUCUUCGCGGUCACGGACGCGGCGCGGGCGGUGGUCCUGCUGGGCGUGAAGCUGGCGGCGGCGCGCGGGGGGCAGCAGGAGCUGCAGCUGCUGGCGGCGGAGCCCGGCGCCACCCGCACGCGCACGGCCGCCAGCUUCACGCUGCCCGCGCUGCACGGCCGCUGGACGCACCUGGCGCUCAGCGUGGACGGCGCGCGCGCCGCGCUCUUCGUGAACUGCGAGGAGGUCGAGAGCCAGCCCCUGGCGCGCUCCCCGCGCGGCCUGCCGCUGGAGCCCGACGCGCGCCUCUUCGUGGCCCAGGCCGGCGGAGCCGACCCAGACGAGUUCCAGGGCCGGAUCUCGGAGCUGAGGCUGCGCAGGGACCCCCAGGUGCGCCCCCUGCACUGCCUGGACGAGGACGAGGAGGACGAUGACGACGGGGCAUCUGGAGACUUGGGCAGCGGGCUCGCGGACACCCGGGAGCAUCUCAGGGAGGAGUCGGGCGCACCCCUGGGACCCAGGCUCCCCGAGGCGCCUCCAGUCACGUCUCCGCCCUUGGCUGGGCUUGGCUUCGGGGAGGAUUUCAGAACCGAGGAAAUCGAGGAGGAGACCACCGCAUCUUCAUUAGGAGCUCAGACCCUCCCCAGCCGGGGCACAGGCGCCACGUGGGACGAGAGAGUGUGGAGCCCCGGGAGCGGCCUGGCAGAGCGAGGCCUGAAGGGGCAGAAGGGAGAGCCAGGUGCUCAGGGCCUCCCCGGCCCUGUCGGCCCCCAGGGUCCCGCAGGCCCGGCCGUGCUGAGCCCUGACGCACAGCCUGUUCCCGGGCCGCAGGGACCCCCGGGACCCCCGGGGAAGGAUGGCGCCCCCGGAAGGGACGGCGAGCCCGGGGACCCUGGUGAAGAUGGGAAACCGGGGGACACUGGGCCGCAGGGCUUCCCGGGAACCCCCGGAGAGGUGGGCCCCAAGGGCGAGAAGGGGGAUCCCGGGGUCGGCCCGAGGGGACCCCCAGGACCCCAAGGGCCUCCGGGGCCGCCAGGACCCUCCAGACACGACAGGCUGACCUUCAUUGACAUGGAGGGCUCCGGCUUCGGCGGCGACCUGGAGAGCCUCCGCGGCCCUCGAGGCUUCCCCGGCCCCCCGGGACCCCCUGGCGUCCCAGGCCUGCCCGGAGAGCCAGGCCGCUUCGGAAUGAACAGCUCGGACGUCCCCGGACCUGCAGGCCUUCCCGGAGUGCCUGGGCGGGAUGGGACCCCUGGGCUUCCCAGGCCCCCGGGUCCCCCAGGUCCUCCAGGAAAAGAUGGCCAGCCAGGACAGACCGGCCAGAAAGGCAGCCUUGGUGAGGCGGGCGCUCCAGGACCCAAGGGAAGCAAGGGAGACCCCGGCCCCGUCGGCGCUCCUGGGGAGCACGGCCUGGCAGGACCCCCUGGACCGGCAGGACCACCGGGGCCCCCCGGCCCCCCCGGGCCCCCGGGCCCAGGACUCGCCGCGGGGUUUGACGACAUGGAAGGCUCCGGGGGUCCCUUCUGGUCAACAGCCCGAGGUGCCGACGGGUCGCAGGCACCACCCGGCCUGCCCGGAGUCAAGGGGGAUCCUGGAGCCGUGGGACCACCAGGGACCAAGGGAGAGGUCGGAGCAGACGGAGCUCCUGGGUUCCCCGGUCUCCCCGGCAGAGACGGCGUGGCUGGACCCCAGGGACCAAAAGGAGAAAAAGGGACCCAGGGAGAGAAAGGCGACCCAGGCCAGGAUGGCGUGGGGCAGCCUGGCCUCCCGGGCCCCCCCGGGCCGCCCGGGCCCGUCGUCUACGUGUCGGAGCAGGACAGGGCGCUGGCCAGCGUGCCGGGCCCCGAGGGCCGCGCAGGGUUCGCUGGCUUCCCCGGACCCGCCGGGCCAAAGGGAGACCUGGGCUCCCGAGGGCAGCAGGGCCUCCCGGGGCCCAAGGGCGAGAAGGGUGAGCCGGGCACGUUCCUGAGCCCCGACGGCAGAGCACUGACCCCUGCCCAGAAAGGGACCAAGGGUGAGCCCGGCUUCCGAGGACCCCCGGGUCCGUACGGGCGGCCCGGGCACAAGGGAGAGAUUGGCUUCCCCGGACGGCCGGGGCGCCCCGGCGUGAACGGACUGAAAGGGGAGAAGGGGGAGCCGGGAGAUGCCAGCGUGGGAUUCGGCCUGAGGGGUCUGCCUGGCCCACCUGGGCCGCCAGGGCCCCCAGGCCCUCCCGGGACCCCCGUCUACGACAGCAACGCGUUUGUGGAGCCUGGCCGCCCUGGACCCCGGGGACUGCCAGGGCACCAGGGGCCUUCUGGACCGAAGGGUGACAAAGGAGACGUGGGCCCACCAGGGCCGCCAGGGCAGUUCCCGUUCGACCUCCUCCACCUGGGCGCUGAGAUGAAGGGGGAGAAGGGUGACCGAGGGGCCGCCGGGCAGAAAGGAGAAAGGGGCGAGCCCGGGGGCGGCGGGUUCUUCGGCUCCAGCGUGCCCGGCCCGCCCGGCCCCCCCGGCUACCCUGGGAUUCCGGGUCCCAAGGGAGAGAGCAUCCGGGGCCAGCCCGGCCCUCCUGGACCUCAGGGGCCCCCUGGCAUCGGCCACGAGGGACGACAGGGGCCUCCUGGGCCCCCUGGACCCCCAGGGCCCCCCGGACCUCCCUCCUUUCCCGGCCCUCACAGGCAGACCAUCAGUGUUCCAGGGCCCCCAGGCCCGCCCGGGCCCCCAGGACCGCCCGGAUCCGUGGGCACCUCCUCAGGGCAGGUGAGGGUCUGGGCCACGUACCAGACCCUGCUGGACCAGGUGCCCGAGGUGCCAGAGGGCUGGCUCAUCUAUGUGGCCGACAGGGAGGAGCUGUACGUCCGGGUCCGGAAUGGGUUCCGGAAGGUUCUGCUGGAGGCCCGCAAGCCCCUGCCACGAGGGACGGACGAGGUGGCAGCCUUGCAGCCCCCGGUGGUGCAGCUGCACGAGGGCAACCCCUACCCCCGCCGGGAGCCCCCCCACCCGACCGCGCGGUCCUGGCGGGCAGACGACAUCCUGGCCAGCCCCCCGCGCCUGCCACGCCCCCAGCCCUACCCCGGGGCCCCGCACCACGGUGCCUACACGCACCUCCGGCCGGCGCCCCCCACGGCCUCGCCCGCCCACACCCACCACGACUUCCAGCCGGUGCUCCACCUGGUCGCCCUCAACAGCCCGCAGUCGGGCGGCCUGCGCGGCAUCCGCGGCGCCGACUUCCAGUGCUUCCAGCAGGCGCGCGCCGCGGGGCUGGCGGGCACCUUCCGCGCCUUCCUGUCGUCGCGGCUGCAGGACCUCUACAGCAUCGUGCGCCGCGCCGACCGCGCCGCCCUGCCCAUCGUCAACCUCAGGGAUGAGAUGCUGUUUCCCAGCUGGGAGGCCUUGUUCUCGGGCUCCGAGGGCCAGCUGAAGCCCGGCGCCCGCAUCUUCUCUUUCGACGGCAGAGACGUCCUACAGCACCCCGCCUGGCCCCAGAAGAGCGUGUGGCACGGCUCGGACCCCAGCGGGCGCCGGCUGACCGAGAGCUACUGUGAGACGUGGCGGACCGAGGCCGGGGCGGCCACGGGCCAGGCCUCCUCGCUGCUGGCGGGCCGGCUGCUGGAGCAGAAGGCCGCGGGCUGCCACCACGCCUUCAUCGUCCUCUGCAUCGAGAACAGCUUCAUGACCUCCUCCUCCAAGUAGGGCCUCUGCCGGCUCCACGAACCGAGGGACGGACAGACAGGGGGCCGGAGAGGAGCCAGGCGGCAGGCGGGCGCGUGGAGAUGCCCGGGCUGGGCAGGGACCUGGCUGGAACUCUUUCCUGUAUGGUUCACGUUUCAUGUAACCCUCCAGAAAUAAAAGGAAGCCAAAGAGUGUAUUUUUUAAAAAGUUUAAAACA